AAAUUGCCUUUGAGACAAACAGGACAACGUAUUCCGAAUGGGGAUUUGGUGUUGAUUGGAGUGGCUAAUCUCUCCCUCCGUUGUCUCCUUUUUGUUCGUGAAUUCUCCUACAAGGCUCCCAUUAUAAAUCCAAAGGGCCGGGUUUGUGGACGAAUAGACGUUGAACUCUCAACUACUAUCGUCUCUGACGAACAUAAACCCAGACAACUCUUUCCUACGCCAUCUACCUUGGAUCUUCUUGACCAAGGAUUCAUCAGUUCUGAUGGAAAUAUCCUCGAGUUACGUGUCUCAAUUAAGGAAGCUGUUGGAAUUCCGAAUACUUUCACAAAGAUGAUUCUCUGUCAUUACCAAAUGCUUGGGGUGGAAGAGCCGAUUGUCAUCCUUCCAAAGUUGGAGUCUCCCGGGAUCCAGGGACUACCAGAUCCUACAAAUCUGGAUUAUGAAAGUUCCCAACGUUGUACAUUCGGUCACAUGCGAAUUUUUCAUCUUCCACUAACUCGACAGGUGCUCUCUUGUCUUGCGGUUUACGUACUUUCCAUUGAUGUCUAUGGAAAUGUGCAGGAGGUUAACCUGAACGCCUCCAUUCGUCGAAUGUCAUCGAAUCGCGGUCAAGCGCUGAUAAAUUUCACUCCCAAAGGAGUCGAAAAACAAGACGGAUCUCAGUUGCAUCGUGCCAGUAGUCCACCACCAAUUCGAACCACCAAACUCCGCCGAUACAAGUCAGAUCUUGCCGAUCGACGUAAACCGAAUUUUCUAGGAGCUCAAACCAUGAAUAAGAUUACGAAUUCUCCCUCAAAUGUAUUUUCAAAUGACGUUGCCUCACGCUUAGCUGAGGAAUGGCUAAAAGUCCAGAGGCGGAUAGAUUUUUGGGUUGCCAUCGAAGAACUCUCUGAGGAAGGAAAUUUCAAGAAGGUAGCAGUUGUUCCUACCUCCGAUGUUAAGACUGGUGGGAUUUACCAACUUUGCCAAGGUUUGAAUAGGCGAAUUCGAGUGUUAAUUCGUCCAAAUGAACUUUGUCAAAAAGAAAGGGGGGUUUUGUGUCUAAUCUGUUCCGGGGUAUCUGAGGUCUCAGUGGGAUGCGUAACGCGGUAUUUCGCUAAUAGUGAAAAUGGGCAGAGCCAGUCUGUAAAAAAUCGAUAUACACCCGACUCGUAUCAGGAAUAUGACCUUGAAAUGGUGCGACAUAAUUGGUGCAAAGCAAUGGACGAAUGGCAAUCCUACCUUCAAAGCAAUCUUCAAGCUCUGGCAAAGAAACGUGAGAAGGAUGCCGGAGAUGAAGCGAAAGAAGGCUACCUGUUGAAUCGAUGGGUCUCGUCAAUUCAAGAACGAGAUGCAAUCCUUGUACCAGCACCUGGAUCUAGUCUUCCUGGGGCACCAGCGACGGAAAUUCCUCCGCUCGGGGUGGAACAACAUACUCCUCUUAUUUUUGCCGAUAUUGAUAGGGCGGCAAACAAGCAUCUGAUGGUUGGAGCUUGUUCCUGUCUGGAUGGUGAGGAUAGCAAAAGUUUCGUGACCUUGCCGGUGAUAAAGAAUUAUGCCACUCUAAUUGGUGCUCUAGCCUCCUGGGAUUCAAACUUGCAUGAGAGCGAUCUCCUCAAUAAAAUCACCCCUUCUUCAGAACGCAUUUACCUCAUUGUUAAAGUUAGUCGGCUGGACACCGAAUCAGGUGGGUCUUCUCCAUUUCCUCCUGUAGGUUACAUAGAGGGCAUGUGGGUUGAGUGUAUACUCCCGAUCUGUGAAGGUGUUUUGCCAAGCAAUCGUGUCCGUUCGGACCCGGGCCUACCACCUUCGUUCGUUCGCUCUUCUUCUUCUUCUGCUGCUGCUGCUGCUUUCCAUUUACUCUGCAUACUCCUUCAUUCAUUCUCCCCUAUUUACUUUCAACUUCUUGAAUAUCCACGUGGUCGUGCUCGAGUGUUGGCUCUCGCAAUUGGGAAAGAUUAA